AUAGCCCAGAACAACAACCAACCAAGAACAGCAUCAAACCUUUCACCCCAACCUCACACCUCCUCUCCUCAGCACAAAAUCUCAACCUCAAUCUCCCACCGGCGCCAGAAAAACGAAGAAAAUGACCACCCCAACCGCCAAACACGCCUCCCUCUCCUUCCCCCUCCCCCACAUCCUCCUCGUCACCCUCAACCGGCCCCGCGACCUCAACUGCAUCAACACGCAGGGCCACGCCGAACUCGACGCCAUUUGGAACUGGAUGGACGCCAACCCGGCCUUACGGGUGGGCGUGCUCACCGGCAGCGGGAAGGCGUUUUGCGCUGGCGCCGAUCUGAAAGAAUGGCUCGCAACCCAAACCCAAACCACCACCCCCAAACCCACCAACCCAAUAGCCCCCCCCACCGGCUUCGGGGGGUUAUCCCGGCGCACGGGCAAAAAACCCAUCAUCCUGGCGGUCAACGGGCUCUGCCUCGGGGGCGGGUGCGAGAUGGCCGUGAACGCGGACCUGGUGAUCGCGUCGGAGCGGGCCUACUUUGGUUUUCCGGAGGUGGCGCGCGGGGUGGUGGCGUGGGCGGGGGCGCUACCGCGGCUGGUGCGCACGGUGGGCCGCCAGCGCGCGAUGGAGAUGGUGCUGACGGGCCGGAAGGUGAGCGCCGCCGAGGCGCUGCGGUGGGGGUUCGUGAAUGAGGUCGUGCCCAUCGACGCUGAGGGGGAGCCGGAGCGGGAUGUGGUGCACCGCGCCUUGGAGGUCGCGGGGCGCAUUGCGGCCAACAGUCCCGAUGCGGUGGUGGUGAGCCGCGCCGGGGUGAAUCGCGGGUGGGAGCGGGAGGGGGCCGAUGAGGCGACGGGCAAGCUGAUGGAGGAGUGGAUGGAGAAGUUGAACGCGGGGGAGAAUAUCAAGGAGGGGCUGAGGGCCUUUGUGGAGAAGAGGCAUCCCAAGUGGGUGGAUAGUAAGUUGUAGUACUCAGACAUAGGUUAUCUACAAAUUACAAAAGGCAGG